AAUAUUCAAAUUAGAAGAUAUUUAAAGCCGCGCGCGCCCGGCGUAGAUCCCUGCCCCGCGCCGUCCGGCCCCCUUCAUUGAGUUCUUCAGUCGUAGCGGAAGCGCCGCCAGCAUGUCUGAAAAACUGCCCUACAAAGUCGCGGACAUUGGACUGGCUGCCUGGGGACGAAAGGCCCUGGACAUAGCCGAGAACGAGAUGCCCGGUUUGAUGCGCAUGCGGGAGAUGUACUCGGCGUCCAAGCCACUGAAGGGUGCCCGCAUCGCUGGCUGCCUGCACAUGACUGUGGAGACUGCAGUCCUCAUCGAGACUCUCGUGGCCCUGGGUGCUGAGGUGCGGUGGUCCAGCUGCAACAUCUUUUCCACUCAGGACCAUGCAGCAGCUGCCAUUGCCAAGGCCGGCAUUCCAGUGUUUGCCUGGAAGGGUGAGACAGAUGAAGAGUACCUGUGGUGCAUUGAGCAGACGCUGCACUUCAAAGAUGGCCCCCUCAACAUGAUUCUGGACGAUGGAGGCGACCUCACCAACCUCAUCCACACCAAAUACCCACAGCUUCUAUCAGGCAUCCGAGGCAUCUCUGAGGAGACCACGACUGGGGUCCACAACCUCUACAAGAUGAUGGCCAAUGGGAUACUGAAGGUGCCUGCCAUCAAUGUCAAUGAUUCUGUCACCAAGAGCAAGUUUGACAACCUCUAUGGCUGCCGGGAGUCCCUCAUAGAUGGCAUCAAACGGGCCACAGAUGUGAUGAUUGCGGGCAAGGUGGCAGUGGUAGCAGGCUAUGGUGACGUGGGCAAGGGCUGUGCCCAGGCCCUGAGGGGUUUUGGGGCCCGAGUCAUCAUCACCGAGAUUGACCCCAUCAAUGCACUGCAAGCUGCCAUGGAGGGCUAUGAGGUGACCACCAUGGACGAGGCCUGUAAGGAGGGCAACAUCUUUGUCACCACCACAGGCUGUGUUGACAUCAUCCUUGGCCGGCACUUUGAGCAGAUGAAGGAUGAUGCCAUUGUGUGUAACAUUGGACACUUCGAUGUGGAGAUCGAUGUGAAGUGGCUCAAUGAGAACGCUGUGGAGAAGGUGAACAUCAAGCCCCAGGUGGACCGCUAUCGGCUGAAGAAUGGGCGCCGAAUCAUCCUGCUGGCUGAAGGCCGACUGGUCAACCUGGGUUGUGCCAUGGGCCAUCCCAGCUUCGUGAUGAGCAACUCCUUCACAAACCAGGUGAUGGCACAGAUUGAGCUGUGGACCCACCCAGAUAAAUACCCCAUUGGGGUUCACUUCUUGCCUAAGAAGGUAAGCUCUUGACUUUACUUUGAGGCU